UCAAGACUUCGUCUGGGGUUGCGCGAACUGCUGAAGAAUAUUUCUUCAAAGUUCGAAGUAAGAGUCGUGGCAAGUGAAAGCCGACCUCGAAGAUUACAUCGAGGAUGACCAACCGAGCGAAUCGUAUCAAGGUUGCCGUCCUUGGUGGGCCAAGGUCCGGAAAGUCUGCCGUCACGGUGCGAUACCUCACGAAGCGGUACAUCGGAGAAUACAGCUCAAGCAAAGACAUGCUGUACCGGCACAACGUGACAUUUGACAACGUGGCGACAGACGUCGAAAUACUCGACUCGUCGUGUUGUAUGGUGACGGGCUGCCUGUACGACCACAUCACGUGGGCCGACGCGUUCGUGCUGGUGUACAGCAUCUGCGAGCGCUCCAGCUUUGACCAUGCGCGGGCCCUGCUCGAGACGCUCGUGGCCGUGCGCGGUGCUCGUUCGGCGCCCAUGAUUCUGCUCGGUAACAAGCGGGACCUCGAGCAUUGCCGCCAGGUCGGAGUGGAUGAUGGCCACGAAGCAUCGCUUCACUUCCACUGCCAGUUCUACGAGGUGUCAGCGGCCGAGAACUACGUGGGUGUGUCGCUCGCCUUCCAGAGUUUGAUACGCGAAACGAGAGCGUUGCAGGCUCUUAGGACUCUGCCAAUACGCCGCAAGGCGGGUGCUGCCAUGACAGUGUCCAAGAUGAUCGGCAUUGUUUUCGGCAAGUCACAAAAGUCCAAUCGAAACGGAAAGAAGAGGCCCUCGUUGUCCAUCUGAGAGUGACAAAGAGGAUGAAGACCCGUUCGUGCCAAUGCUCUUCUUUUCGAUGGAGACAUGCCGUGAUGUCCUCUGUGGUGUUUGUGAUGUGCUGUGAACGGUAGAUAAAGCCGGAGGCAGAUUCAUGUUGUGACAUUUCCUGUGCCUACGGAAGAGCAGUGAACUGUGCCUCGGAUGUUCGGACUGGUGCGACAAGCAAUGCUACAUGUACUGUAACUUUUGUGGAGUGAUAUUUUCGAAACUGUGACGAAGGAUUCCUUGGCCUAACUGUGUGUAUAUAAAUCGGGGGAAUGCGAGUGUGUGGAACGUUUGGGUUCGUCGAACCAGAGACAUUGUAGUGAGGUAAUAAUUGCUGUUAUACCACUGGAACAAGAAUGGGGGACCUGUACGUAUGUGUUAUGAGUGUUUCCUCGAUGACAAACAUUUGGUGUAUUGCGCCUAGCUGUACUACCGGCAUCGUAAUGAUUGUGUUUUCAGGCACUCCAUCAUAGCCAGUGCAGACCCGCAGUCGCUAAAAGUGUUCAAAGACUAAGAUAGAUCAGCACUAAGGUAGUGAAAGAUGGUGACGCUUUGUGAAUGCAGUUGGAUGAAUAUUGUGGUGAGCCGUGCUUGAUUUUAUGUGUUCUUAUGUGAAAGUUUUGGCUAUGCCGAUUGGCGGGAGGAGCGACCAUGUUCAUGUUCACUUACAGCAGUCAUUUUUUAUUUGUCUUUCGACAAGCGCCGUGUCAUUGACUGAUUACGCGGUGAAGCACCCUAUGCACUUUUUCUGUUUGCGGAGAGCAAUGUCUAGCACGGAAUGCAAUGCGGGCAAUGAAGUUGUUCCUCAACUGACAAGUACAAAGGUGAUCGUUCUAAAAGCCUUGUUCACACUGUGAAGGUUGGAGUCAAUUGAUGGGAUGACACAUAAAAGUACUUAAAAAAAGCUUUGGUAUGAAGGAAACUUUGCCAUCGAUUUCUUCAAAAAAUGAUGGCAUAACAAAUCAAAUUCUCAUCAAAGUCGAACGUUCCGGGUAUUCUAAGUGAUAUGAUAUUUAGAGCUUUUUGUGUCAUUUUUUUCAAACUAAUAUAGUGAUUCUGCAGCUCGGGAUAUCAUUGGAGCCAUAUAGUGAAGUAGCUUAUGCCUCAUUUGUAAGUUAGGGCAUUUUAGCAUUGAGAGACAGGGGGCGCUGAGAAGUGAUUGAUGGAGGAACGAUAUGAAGCCAAAUGUUCUGACCCCGACGAAGGAAAGUAAUGUCCUUGAAACCUUGGCUCAGGUGGCAUUGAUUGUUGGGUGAUGGUGAUCACUCGAGCCUGUAUCGU